UUUUCUUUUUUUUCUUCCCUACUCAGCUCUUGCCCCUGUUCUUUGCCUCUGGUUUUGUUGGUGAGGAUAUCACAGUGAUGUCUGCGUUCAACCUGCUGCAUUUGGUGACAAAGAGCCAGCCAGUGGCCCUGCGAGCCUGUGGGCUUCCCUCAGGGUCAUGUAGGGAUAAAAAGGAAUGUAAGGUGGUCUUUUCCCAGGAGGAGCUGAGGAAGCGGCUGACACCCUUGCAGUACCAUGUCACUCAGGAGAAAGGGACGGAAAGUGCCUUUGAGGGGGAGUACACACAUCAUAAAGCUCAAGGAAUAUACAAAUGUGUUGUUUGUGGAACUCCUUUAUUCAAGUCAGAAACGAAGUUUGACUCCAAUUCAGGUUGGCCUUCCUUCUAUGAUGUGAUCAGUCCUGAUGUAGUUACUUUCGCUGAUGAUUUCUCCUACGGGAUGCACAGAAUUGAAAUAUCCUGCAGUCAGUGCGGUGCUCACCUGGGGCAUAUUUUUGAUGACGGACCUCGUCCAACUGGCAAACGCUACUGCGCAAACUCUGCUUCGUUGUCUUUCAAACCAGCAGACAAGAACAACGCCGGAGAAGGCAGCGGUAGCACCCGUCCUGCCCAAACAGGCAAGGCUGAGCUGUAGGACAAAGCAAGGCCUGCAGGAAGCUGUUUGGAUCCCACACAGCUUGCAAGGAAUGUUUUCUAAAUUGCCUGCUAUCCUUUAUCCUAAGAAUGUUUAAAAGCUUGAAACCAUGUUGCACCAUUCUUCUUAAAUCCUCUUUUUUGAACUUGAGGCCUUGCUCGCCAGUGCAUUUUACUAUGUAACUGGAUUUUAGAAUGUGUUGACUGAAUCCACACGUUUUCCUUUUCUUUUUUGGAAAUUACUUUGGGGAAUCCUUAAGUCAAGAGGCUUUGGCACCAUUAGUUAUUCAUUUCUUCUAGUGCAGUGUUACUCUAGUUUGAACGAUUUUCCUUUUCGUGAGGGAGAUGGGAAUUGUGGUUCUCAUCGGUCUAUAGGAAACUUCUGGGCAUAAGAAAACCCUGACCUGCCAGCACGUCUAUGCUUUGUUCUGACUUGCGAGGCAUGCGGCCCUUGGUCAUAUGUAUUCAACCAUCUUCCAGGAUCAACCGCACCCUGCAAAAACUUGUGCUUAUCGCUGUUCCUUCCCAACGGAGAAAGAUAGAUGAGAUGUAAAGCCCAUUGUUGGCUAAUUUACAGCCAAAAUUUCAAGGCUGCGGUUGAACA